ACUGAAUAUCGUCUAUGCUGUCAUUCGCAUCAGUUUUUCAAUUUUCACAGCCAAGGUAGCAGUUUUAUUGGUUUCAGUUAUUAACCAAUCACAUAUCAGUCACUCUUCAGUAUAAUUUGAUUUGUUCAAAUACUUUUGCAAACAUCAUACUUAUUUGUCAUAGGCUUUCAGAUUUGUUGAAGCAGAAAAAUGAUAAAUACUGACAGUGUCCAAUGGUAAACCAUGCAGAUCACUAGUGAAUUACAUUCAUUAUGAAACAAUUCACAGACUUUUUCUUUGAGGCUGAUGAUUUUUCACUUAUACUAGCUGCAAUCGUCUGAAAUCACACUCCAUAUGUAUUCAUCUGGUAAUAAUAACACCACAAAUCCUGUUAGCUCUGCACUGACACUCUCAUCCCUCUACUCAGGUGUCAACCCUCCUCUGUCAACCCCAAGAGUUAUGCCUAGAAAUCUAGGCUCUAUGACAUCUUUUCAGCCAAUACAAAGAAAUAGAUGGGAUACAAAUAAACUCAAUUCGGAUAAUGUAUUAUCCUCUUACCCCAUGAAUUCAAAUACAUCGGAUUAUUGGAAACCUUCCGGGGUUACUUCAAGUACAUCACAUAUUUAUGAUCAAAAUGGUAAUAAUAACAAUAAAAGUAACAAUAAUGAGUCGGGUUAUAAUAAUCGGAGGGCAAGUAGAUAUGAAGAAGUGCAACUUUCUGUAAAUCGUCGAACACAACCGGGGAUUUCAGCUGUUAUUAAAUCACUAGCACAAAAUCUUAAAUCAAAUAUGAAUGGGAAUGAUGAUGAUAACAACAGUACUGACAACAAUGACACUACUUAUAAAAAUAAUCUGAAUGAGGAUUGUAAACCUGAAACAUUCAGUUAUUUCACGUCACACAACCAUUCAUUUUCUCCAAAUACCAUAGCAUCAUCGUCAAUACCAUCACCGUCGACAGGCGGUGAUUAUUCUUUGAAGAAUACGCAAUUCAAUUAUACAUCCAGUAACUACAGCCAAAAUAAUUUUGGUAGAAAUUUUAAUAUGAAUAACAGCAAUAGUCUGAAUUCACUACCAGAAAGAGACAGUGAAGCAAAUAUUAAAAUGACUUCGGUGAGACCUGUACAAAUGACGAAACAAGAUUCUUUAUUACCAAUAAAUUCUUCAAUUUAUAACGGUAAUGAAUUAUGUGCAGCAGACAGUGUUUAUAGUACUAACUGUACUACUUGUGCUCCUAAUAACAAGUAUUCACCGAUACUCUCUUCAGCAAAUAAUUACAAUGCACUGUUGAAACGCAGUUCCUCUACGUCACCAUAUCGACCUCUUGUAAAUUAUCGGCCAUUAUGGUCAGUUAUAUCAAAUCAAAAUCUCUUAUCUAGUGAAUUAUUUCAAAAUGCAAAUAAUAACAAUAAUGAAUCUUCAACAUCGAAAUCAAAAUAUAUAGAUUCUAUAAUUUCGAACAAUUCGUACCGUUCAGCAACCUCUAGGAUAGGAACAGGAACACAAACACCGGCAUCCAUAACGACAACAACUGCAGGAGAAUAUGGAAUCCACAGUCCACCGCCAACAUCAAUACUAGAUAACAAUGGUAAUAAUACCAAUGGUUUCAAAAUAAGCAAAUCCUUGGGCAGAAAUGAGUAUUUACCACCAACACCAACCACUCCAAAGCCUUCAUUUUAUACCAGACUUGAUGGUGGUGAAGCUGGCGAAGGAUUCUUAAGACGACUACAGCAACAAGAUGACGAAGACGAGAACUACUCUAAAACUUACUAUAUAAUGCGUCGGCCACAAAUCUUGCAUUCAGCAUUUCAAAAAUACAGACCACAUAUGCGUCAUCAUGAACAUCGUCUGUCCUAUAAUGCCGACAGUACGAUGACAGCAGCAACCACAACAGGUGGUGCAAAGGAAAAAGAUUCAUAUCUCUCCCAUCCACUAGGAACAUCAGGUAUAAUUCAUAAGAAACCGAUUGAAACUCCAAAUAUUUCAAAGUACAACUCUUACCUCUCAAAUAAUCCUUUAAGUUCGUAUAAAAGAAAUUCGCUGUCACUGAGCUCACUACCGACUGAUGAAGAUUGUUUAUCUUCAUUGAUACAAGCUCAGUGUGCAAAUGAUGACUACCAUGCACGUGUUGGUAGUGCGAGUAGCAGUAUUUUUAGCGGUAAUGGUUACAAUAACAGUGGUAAUCAUAUUAAUACUACUAAUGACAACCAUUUAAACUAUUGUCAAAAUCACCAAUCAUCUAACAACCCACAUCAGGGUUAUUAUCAGGCUAUGCGACAUGAACAACCUCAGACACUGAAACAAAAUACAAAUGCGUCAAAUCAGUGUGAUUCGGGGGUACAGAAGUAUAAUUCAGAAAUGUUUAGAUCUGUCAGUGUUAGUCCAGAUAUUGGAAGAAAGUUUCCGGUAGGUUCGCUGUUGAUACCGUGCAGAAGUUACAAUGAAAAUAUGAAUGCAGUUGCAUUGAACACUACUCCUCCAUCGUGUUUAUCAGCUACAUCUUCAGUUAAACGAAAAGGUUGUCAAGUUACCUUCAAUCUUGAUAGAAAUAUGUACGUUGAAUAUCCGUAUUCUGAAUCAUCCACAUCAACAAUACAGUGUAAACGUAUACCUGGUUAUAUAAGUUCAAGUGGAGCGGCCCCAGGAGAAGGUGACUUGGUCAUUAAAACAGCACCACGAGGUUCAUUCAACUGGAGUAAUGAAAACGGCAUCACCACAAUAGCAAAACCUAUUAAUGGCUAUCAUAGUGAAUAUACUAAGCAAACGAAUUAUUUAACCAACGGUUAUGGAACACGUCCACUGGUAUCAAAGUAUAACCGGUACUCAUCUCCUCCACCACAGUGUACUUCGAACUAUGAUUCUGAUAAUGGUACUACUAAUAGCAACAAUAAUAACAACGGUAGUCAUUACACAUCAACUGAAUGUUCAACACAAAAUGGUCAUACGUCAUCUAAACCAGAAAUUCGUUUUAUUGACACAACUAUUGGACAAAUACACAAUUCUUUUGCAGAUAGCGUGAACAGUACAAAUGGGAGUAAACCACCAGUGUCUACAAAGUCGAUAAACAAUUUGAAGUCAAUCUUAUCAAAACCAACUUUUCGUUAUGGCAGAAAUACUACUACCAAUUUAAAUAGUAGUAAACAACUCUAUAGACAAAUUGAACAGCUGCAGGGACAAGACACCAUAGAUGUAAGACAGUGUCCAGCAAUUGACAUUUUAAGUCGUAGGUGUUCACUUUCUUCCUAGCUUUCCGCGUUAUUUUCUUCUUGUAGAAAAUAAAGUCUGAGUUUUCGAUUAAGUACUAUAACACUUCGUUUGGAAAGUAGAUAACACUCAGAGUUUCGAAAAAUUUAUUUACCUCCACGUCCACAUAUACACACACCCCGCAAUCCGAUAUCCGUCACCAGACGAAAGUCAUUCAAAUGCGUGUUUAUGUAAAUACGAUUUAUUACCAAUUAUUUAUUCUUUAAAUCUACUACUAAAUCAAAAUGAUUUCUUUUUGACUUUCCAAACUAUAAGUUAUGUGAAACAGACAGCUACAAGCCGAAAUGAGGAAAAAGAAUAAAUUAAUUGGUGAACAUUUUCUUGUUGUUAUUGUCCUAAUGGGGUGUUCCUCUAGUACUGUGAUAUAUUUUGACGUUGUAUAUUUAACUGAAUGAAGAUCUUUAGAAAAGUGUGCUUCUUUUUAUCUUUUACUGGUUUCAUUUUCGUUUCCCUCUCAGAAAGUUUCCCUGAAAUUGGUUCGUGAAUGUAUACACACUGCUACUUUUAGUCGCCUAAUUUCCCUCUUUUUGCUUAAAGGUGGAUAUUUAUUUUGAUCACAAAGCUAUUUAAAUACCGUUAAUGUAUUAUGAUAGAAAAUACCUUCAUGAAAAAUACUAUUUACAAUAUUAUUCUUAUUUACACACUUCUAUUAGUCUUGUGCAAAAAAAAAUCAGAUUUUAAAUAAAUUAAAAAGAUGCUUUGCA